GCGGAGCGCAGCGCAGAGGCGGCGGCGGCGCUGGCACGGCGGAAGCCCCCGGGGGGCAGGUGCCCUGGUGCAGCCGGAGGAGGGAGAGGGGGACCGGGCGCCCCCCGCCUGCCUGAGCCGCUCCAUGCCUCGGCGUCCCCGGAGCGCUGCCUCGGCCGCCCGGGCGCUGGGGAGCCUCGGCCAUGGCGGAGGCGGCCGGCCAGGGCGCAGGUGAGAGCGCAGGCAGCGCCAGAUAAUCUUCCCGGGGAAGGAAACCAGGCUGUUGUUUCGGCAGGCUCAAACAUCAUGUCUCCCGUGGCCCCUUCAAUAAAUUCAUUUACGGCGGAAUUUCCUAGAAAGCGAAAAGGGAGCGACUCCGAUACUCAAUAUACCUGUGACACUGAGGGCGAUGAUCUCCAGAGCAGGAGUGAAGAUGAAGAGCAUGUGAAAAUCAAGUAUUUCAGGGAGGCUCACAGCCAAACAGAGAAAAGACGAAGAGACAAAAUGAAUAACCUGAUAGAAGAAUUAUCGGCUAUGAUACCUCAAUGCAGUCCGGUGGCUCGUAAACUGGAUAAGCUCACCGUUUUAAGAAUGGCUGUCCAGCAUGUAAAGUCAAUGAAAGGUUCCACCGGUUCUUACUCAGAAGUUAGGUAUAAGCCUUCGUUUUUGCAGGACGAGGAACUUCAACACCUCAUCCUUAAGAUCGCCGAUGGUUUCCUAUUCGUGGUUGGAUGCGACAGAGGGAAAAUCCUGUUUGUUUCCGAAUCGGUUUCCAAGAUACUUAAUUAUGACCCCGCACAUCUGACUGGGCAAAGCCUUUUUGACUAUCUUCACCCGAAGGACGUGGCCAAAGUCAAAGAACAGCUGUCCUCUUCAGAUGCUUCGCCCAGAGAAAAACUGAUCGAUACCAAAACUGGUUUGCAAGUUCGCAUGGAUUUCCAAGCGGGGUCUUCCCCUCUGCAUUCGGGUGCUCGGCGUUCGUUUUUCUGUCGCAUCAAGUACACCAAAAACGCGGUCAAGGAAGAGAAGGAGCCCUCGUCCAACUCAAAAAAGAAAGAUCAUAAAAAGUACUGUACCAUUCAUUGCACCGGUUACCUGAAAAGCUGGUCCACGAAUGAGGUGGGGAUUGAAGAAGAUACGGAGAAAGAGGGCAGUAAUUUUAAUUGCCUGGUGGCAAUCGGCCGAUUGCACCCUUACACCAUUCCACAAAAAAGCUUUGAGAUUAAAGUCAAGCCCACGGAAUUUGUAACCCGCUUUGCCGUGGACGGGAAAUUUGUAUUCGUAGAUCAACGAGCGACAGCAAUUUUAGGAUAUUUACCUCAAGAACUGUUAGGAACGUCUUGUUAUGAAUAUUUCCACCAGGAUGAUCACAAUCAUCUAACUGAAAAACACAAAACAGUGUUACAGAGCAAAGAAAAGAUAUUUACGAAUUUCUACAAAUUCAAAGCGAAAGAUGGCUCUUUUGUCACUUUAAAAAGUCAGUGGUUUAGCUUCACCAAUCCGUGGACCAAAGAACUGGAAUAUAUUGUGUCCAUCAAUACCGUUGUUUUAGGUCACAAUGAAUCGGGGGAAGAAACACAACUAGCCUGCAGUUCUCUGUCUCCAGAAGAUGCCACAAAUUCACAAUUUCUUGAUGUACCAGGAAUGUCUACGGGGACCAUCCUCGGAGCCGGUAGCAUAGGAACCAAAAUUGCAAACGAAGUCUUGGAUUUGCAAAGAUUACACGCCUCUCCUCUGGGUGAGCUAAGCCCAUCCGAUAUUCUGAGGAAGUCUUCUCCUGGCCUACCCAUUACUUGCGACGAGGCUCCAGAUAAAGAGUUUACAGAACUUUGUCGUCCAGGAAUGGGAGAUUUAGAAACUCCGGAGCAAACUCAAGACGUGAUUUCAUUCUCCAACAAUGAGCCUCUUCUCGGUGGCACUUCUCAGUUAGAUUUUGAAAAAGAGACCGGCAUGGCGGAUCUUAUGAAUUAUUUGGAAGCCGAAGGAGAACUUACUGACCCCACCGAGCUCAACGACAUACAGUGGGCUCUCUAGAUUUACCCCAGCCAGAAGAAGAUUAAACAUUUUCAAUGCACAAAAAAAAUAAGCACUCAUCCUCAAGUACUGUAUGGUAUCUCUUAAAGCUUUAAUUCCUACUUUACAAGAACAAUAUUUACAGUAUUAAUGUUUCCGAAAGACGUUUUGCCUUAUUGAUCUUAGGCUGCCAGGCUGAACAAUUGCAAUACUUUUUAAAAGACACACAACAACCUCAAUUUUGUUAUCAAAGUUUGUUGAUAACAAACUAAAAGUUUGUAAGCAGACUUUAAAUAAACUUUCAACCU